GGGCGAGGCGGGGCGGGGCGGCAGGGUUAUGUAAAGCCGCGGAUUAGCGGGGCCGGGGUGCGGCCGGGCGGCGCCGCCGCGAUGGGAGCAACGAGCAGCGGCCCCGGCCCGGCCCCAGCUCCGGUGCGGCCCCCCCAGGGCCGCGCCGUGGGGUCAUGGGUGCGGGCACUGCUGGGCCGCGCCGGGUCGGUACCGGUACCGGGGUCGGGGCUCGCGCUGGCCCCACGGGGCCCCACCGAGGAGUCGCCGUUGCCUGGGUGGCCGCUGCCGCAGCUCGUCUCGCUUUUCCUGCCGGAGUUCCCGGUCCGCCCCUCCGCCCGCCAGCCGCAGCUCAAGAUACUGGGUUUUGUGGCCAAAGGCUCCUUUGGGACCAUCCUUAAAGUGCUGGACUGUGGGCGGGAGAAGGUCUGCGCUGUGAAGGUCGUGCCUAAAGUGGAGGUGCUGCGCCGUGACACCCUCAAGCAGUGCAAGGAAGAAGUCAGCAUCCAGAGACAGGUCAGGCACCCAUUUGUCCAUGGGCUGGGGGACAGCUGGCAGGGCCACAGCCACCUCUUCAUCAUGUGCACCUACUGCAGCACUGGAGACCUGUAUGCACUGUGGCGUGCUGCUGGGAGCUUCACCGAGGCCACGGUCCGCCUGUUUGCCGCUGAGCUUGUGCUGGUGCUGGUGUACCUCCAUGACCUAGGCAUCAUGCACAGAGAUGUGAAGAUGGAGAACAUCCUCCUGGAUGAGAGAGGGCACCUCAAGCUCACUGACUUUGGCCUCUCACGGCACCUGCAGUGGGGUGAGCGAGCCCACACUAUCUGUGGCACCCUGCAGUACAUGGCCCCAGAGGUGCUGAGCGGGGGCCCCUACAGCCAUGCAGCUGAUUGGUGGUCCCUGGGAGUCCUGCUAUUUGCUCUGGCCAGUGGGGAGUUCCCCGUGGCACCAGCAGAGGACCAUACGGCUAUGCUGGAGCGUGUCAAAGAGAGCAGCUAUGAGAGCCCAUCCACGUUCAGUCCUGCGCUGGCCCGGCUGCUUGCCGAGCUGUUGUGCCACAACCCCCUGCGCCGCCUGCGCUACCUCCACCACUUCCAGGGCCACCCCUUCUUCCGUGGGGUAGCCUUCGACGCUGACCUGCUGCAGAAGGACCCGGUGGCAGUGGCAGUGGCCUCACGCCCCUCCGAGCAGCCCCCACUUGACCCUGCCGCCUUCGCUGACUUCGACUGCGACCUCAUGGCCUCCCCGGGCCGGCCCUGGCCUGGCUGAGCCAUCGUGGCUGGGACUCCCGGCAUUGCUCAGGGACAUCCCCCUUCCCACACACCUCAGCAGCAGGUUUGGACCCUGCUGGGCCGGGUCCCCUUUCCCCUAAGGCUGUACCUCUCCCCGCGGGCGCAAUAAACCCGAGAGCCGCGGGUACUGCUGUGGAUGCUGCCUUGAUCCCCUGGGAGAAAGGAGGACCCCAUGGGAGUGUGUAGAGCUGGUUCCCCCAAGUCUGCCUCGCGUAGAGCUCGGAGCAGCGCUAGGGAGCCGGGCAAGGCACAGGAGCGGCCCCGGCGCCCUCGCUUACCCCUGCAGGAGCUGCGGCUGCAAUCGCGGGCGGACACCGAGCACACCAGCCUCACGCCGUUAUUCCGUCGACUGCGGCUUAAGGACCGUGACUCUGCCACCACAGUGACCUGCACGCCACGGCGCCCCAGCAGCAUCACUCUGCCGUGUGCCCCAGGACCCCACAGAAAUGCUAUUCCGCUCCCUUGCAACAACACCACUCCUGCUCCCCAGCCUUGUACCCUAGAGCUCUCCAGCAGCACUACCCUGGAGCCCCCCAGGACUCCCACCCUGGGUCCCAGUGCCUCAGAAUCUCCAAAGUCUCCUACCCUGCAGAUUCUCAGCCAUAC